GCGAAUCCAGCAGAUUACACCCCUUCAUAUAUAUACAACCGGCUGCGAUUAUAAAUCACGAUUUUAUAACCCCCACGAUGCUAAGGGAAUAAUCCAUAUGCGACCACUUGUUUUUGAGACCGCAUGUAGCAUCUCACCCGAUCUAACCGACGAGCGUCUCGCCCAUGUCUAUCUAUGUAACAAUAGUCGGCGCUUUCUACUCAAAGAGCUCACUCGAUGCGCUAAUCAUUGCCCCACCCAGCACAUGGCCAGGCAAAGUUGGUGGAAAUUAUUCGCCAAUGCAAUGGAUCAAGAAAGCAAAAGCAAAAGUCUUUGGCAUCAUACCCCGCCUAGACGAUUAUACAGAAUUAGAAAUUGAGGACUUUCUAUUUCGGCAUUUGUCAGGAUAAAGAACAGCGCCAAAAGGUUACAUUGACUAUCUCCGAUACCGAAAAC